GCUAAAAUACACCUGGGUUGAGUCACCUGGAGACCAGACUGGAAGCACUGGAAGAGGGAGCAACAGCAUGGGAGGUUUCUACUCAAGUGAAAGAAUGGCUGGAGUUUUCUCCUACGAGAGUUCAGAGAUAGAUUGGUGUGAAGACAACUACAAACACUCGGAACACGUGGUGGAGUUCUUCAACACUACGAGCAGCUUCAUUUUCUUCAUUAUAGCGCCUAUCAUGCUCUACCUGCUGCAUCCUUAUGCCAAAGAGAGGAACUUAGCCAUCCACCUGGUCUGGAUUAUGAUGUUAUUUGUGGGACUUUUCUCUGCCUACUUUCACAUGACUCUCAGCUUUGUGGGCCAGAUGCUGGAUGAGUUGUCAAUCUUGUGGGCGUUGGCGGUGGGGUACGCCAUAUGGUUCCCACGCAGGCUGUUCCCGUCUUUUAUUAAAAACAGGUCCACUUUCGCAAGACUCGUCCUGGCGUUUACAGUCGUCACUUCAGUCACCUCCUUUGUCAGACCAACAGCCAAUGCCUACGCUCUCAACUGCUUUGGCCUCCACCUGCUCUACAUCCUCGCCAUUGAGAUGAAAAGCUGCACGGACCAGAAGGUUUUAAGACUAGCCAAGCUGUCGGUGGCUUGGUGGAUACUGGCUAUCUCCUGCUGGAUUAGUGAUCGUUUUGGCUGUGGAUUUUGGCAGAGGCUGAACUUCUGUUACCUGCACGGUAUAUGGCACAUUUUGAUCGCGAUAGCUGUUGCGUAUGCGACGACACUCGUCGCUUACCUGGAUGCCAACUACGAGAUCCCCUACUCAAUGCCUGGACUGCAGUACUGGCCCUGUGAUAAGUGGGCGCUUGGAUUACCUCAUAUUGUCCUGAAAGGCACAAGCAAGACAUUAAAGCGAUGCUAAAUAACUAGCAUAGCAACACACCCUGUCAAUCAUAACUACUGUGAUGAAUCAGCACUGGAAAAAAAAUCAGCUCGAAAAUGUCAUAUGAUUGACACUUCAUUAUGUACACUCACGGUGAUUUAACCCCCAUUGUAAAUUGCGUUGGCCACACAGCUUGGAGACCCGAGUUCGAUUCCACCCUCGGCCGUCUCUGUGUGGAGUUUGCAUGUUCUCCCCGUGCAUGCGUGGGUUUUCUCCGGGUACUCCGGUUUCCUCCCACAUUCCAAAAACAUGCUAGGUUAAUUAGCGACUCCAAAUUGUCCAUAGGUAUGAAUGUGAGUGUGAAUGGUUGUUUGUCUAUAUGUGCCCUGUGAUUGGCUGGCCACCAGUCCAGGGUGUACCCCGCCUCUCGCCCAAAGACAGCUGGGAUAGGCUCCAGCACCCCCGCGACCCUCGUGAGGAUAAGCGGUAGAAAAUGGAUGAAUAUUUAUAGAGCCCUCUAGACAUGAAAUAACACCCCUACAGUCAUCUUUCCAUUCAUAUUACCCAUUAUAGUUGACUCUGUUGCUGUUUUUCCAGGUCUCACAGCUAGGAGACCCGGGUUCGAUUCUCCGCUCGGCCAUCUCUGUGUGGAGUUUGCAUGUUCUCCCCGUGCAUGCGUGGGUUUUCUCCGGGUACUCCGGUUUCCUCCCACAUUCCAAAAACAUGCUAGGUUAAUUAGCGACUCCAAAUUGUCCAUAGGUAUGAAUGUGAGUGUGAAUGGUUGUUUGUCUAUAUGCGCCCUGUGAUUGGCUGGCCACCAGUCCAGGGUGUACCCCGCCUCUCGCCCGAAGACAGCUGGAAUAGGCUCCAGCACCCCCGCGACCCUCGUGAGGAUAAGCGGUAGAAAAUGGAUGAAUAUUUAUAGAGCCCUCUAGACAUGAAAUAACACCCCUACAGUCAUCUUUCCAUUCAUAUUACCCAUUAUAGUUGACUCUGUUGCUGUUUUUCCAGGUCUCACAGCUAGGAGACCCGGGUUCGAUUCUCCGCUCGGCCAUCUCUGUGUGGAGUUUGCAUGUUCUCCCCGUGCAUGCGUGGGUUUUCUCCGGGUACUCCGGUUUCCUCCCACAUUCCAAAAACAUGCUAGGUUAAUUAGCGACUCCAAAUUGUCCAUAGGUAUGAAUGUGAGUGUGAAUGGUUGUUUGUCUAUAUGUGCCCUGUGAUUGGCUGGCCACCAGUCCAGGGUGUACCCCGCCUCUUGCCCGAAGACAGCUGGAAUAGGCUCCAGCACCCCCGCGACCCUCGUGAGGAAAAGUGUUAGAAAAUGAAUGAAUGAAUAUAGUGUUUGUACAGUAUACAAUUUGGGUGUUAAGUUGCUGUGUGAUGACUCUCAUGUUAUUUGGUUCAUUUUGAAGAUGCAUAACAAGGUUGGGGAUGCACGGCGGACGAGUGGUUAGCACGCAGGCCUCACAGCUAGGAGACCCGAGUUCGAUUCCACCCUCCAUCUCUGUGUGGAGUUUGCAUGUUCUCCCUGUGCAUGUGUGGGUUUUCUCCGGGUACUCCGGUUUCCUCCCACAUUCCAAAAACAUGCUAGGUUAAUUGGCGACUCCAAAUUGUCCAUAUGUGAGUGUGAAUGGUUGUUUGUCUAUAUGUGCCCCGCCUCUCGCCCGAAGACAGCUGGGAUAGGCUCCAGCACCCCCCGCGAUCCUUUUUGUUGAUAAGCGGUAGAAAAUGAAUGAAUGAAAUGCAAUUAUUUGCUUAAUUUGACCAACUCGGCAUAGAUAGUGCCUUUUAUACAGUAUAAUAGUUUACCAUCGUAAAUGAUGCUAACAAAGCACAUUUCCAAUGAGGGGCUGAAGUAAUCGCAGUGUACAAAAUGAAUGCAUUUCCUCAUACGCCAAUGUCUUCUGGUGAAAGUCAGUUUGUACUGAGAGUUUGCCUUGUUUGGUAUGUUUACAAAUCAUAACAAUACUAUAGUACUAUAGUACUAUACUAUACUGUACUAUACUACUUUGUAUGACUGCAACAAGAGGUGAAACUAUGUUAUAUUAUGUCGUGAAUAUCUUGUUUGUAUUUUAUUUAUGGUCAAUACCGUUAUAGCUCCGUACACUUAUUCAAUUCCACGUGUAAUGUUUUUCCGUUUUGACAUCGCAAUACUGAAACCACACGGGAAAAAUGUGUUUAAUAUACCUCAUAUAUUAAUAAUAUAAUAUACCGUGUACUGCUGAAUUGUUGUGCAUGAAAAUAACCUCCUGCAAUCCAAAAUUGGUGUGUGUUUAUGUACUUCUUAUAGACAUCAUAAUGUGAAUAAUAUUGUCCAAAGUGUGGCUUUUCUAUAUGGUGUCCUCAAUAGGGAAAGGUUUAAAGAAACUCCAGCAUUACAGAAGCUCAACAGUGACCCCUUACGGUUCUAA